AUGGACGCUGCCGGCGGGGUGGAGGCCGCCGCCAACGGCGGGGUCGAGGGCUCCGCCGACCCCUGCAGCUCAGGCGGUGCCGGCGGGUACAGGCUCUCCGCCCACCAGAUCGCCGGCGGCGGGAAAGCUGCUGAUAUCAUCUUAUGGAGGCGAGGGCGUGUUACAUUUGGUGUUAUAUUUGGUGCUACUAUGGCAUGGUGGUUGUUUGAGAAGUCUGGACUAUCAUUGUUAACUAUCUGCUGUGAUAUAUUUCUCAUCUUGAUAGUUCUGCAGUUCUUACGGGUUAAAAUAGCUGGACUUCUAAAUAGGCAGCCUAGGCAACUACCUGAGUUAGUUUUAUCAGAGGAGAUGGUUAGCAAUGCUGCGGCUUCAUUCCGUGUUAAAGUUAACAACAUGCUGAUGAUAGCGCAUGAUAUUACUCUUGGCAAGGACUUCCGGCUGUUUUUCCAGGUUGUGCUUGUCCUUUGGCUGUUAUCUGUUAUUGGAAAUUUCUGCUCGUCAAUCACUCUUGCUUACAUAGGAACCAUUGCAUUGGUCUCAAUACCGGCAUUGUACAACAAAUACCAGCGGCCUGUCGAUAGGUAUGCUGGGAUGCUCCACUGGAACAUAUCGAGGCAUUACAAGAUAGUUGAUGAGAAUGUGAUCAGUAGACUACCGAGAAGGUUUAUCAGAGAUAAAGAGGACUGA